GGUUAACCUUCCACUCACGAGAUCUCUCUUGGGACGUCUCGGCGCUCUCUCAGAGAGUAUAGACUACCGUACCGACCAGGAGCAUCGAGGAUCACUGCACGUUGUACAAACAUGGAACAUUUGCUGCAGCAAGUCAGAAAUGCGCUGGCUGAGACUCGGCAGCAAAUGAAGAGUCUGUCGCAAGGCACUGGCGACUCUCAAGUGCUGGAGCUGCGCGUGGAAGAGAAUUUGCAGCAAAUGGAACAAGACUGCUACAGACUGGAGAACUAUGCCAGGAAAGAGAUUCCCCAGAGAAGACAGGAGGCAAAAUAUCGUGUGGAUCAGGAGGUGGCUGAAGUGAAUGACUUGAAGAGGGCAUUUCAGGGCUUCAAACAUCACAAGGAGAAUGCAGAGUUGGAGGCCAGACAGAGAGAAGAACUCCUCUCUAGGAGAUUUGUUACGAAUGUGAGUUGAAUGCCUGACCUGGUCAAGGCCACCUAAUGAUAGGGUAUGUACAGCAUAUCUCUCGAAUGCAGUCAUCGCCAUUUCAUUUUUCAGGCUCGUGUAGUUCUGAAGCCGUUGGUAUCGCUCAGUACUGUAACCUUCGCCGUGCAAGUGGGCCGAGGGUUAAUAACCGAGACAUGCCAAAAAACCCUGGUGAAGAUGCCAUGUGAAAACUAAGAGGUAGAA